UUCCUCUUUCAUAUUUCAGCUUCCCUUCAAUCCCAUCUAUCUUUUCCGUUUGUUUUUAUUUAAGAUACUCUAUUUUCUUUUUCUUCAGCUCAAUUUGCAUCAACUACUCCGUCACAUAAACGACAACCACUAUGACCCUUUAAGUAAUCUAGCUUUUUCCUAUUCAAAGCGCCUCCAAUAGCUUUGUUAUUGUGUAGGAAUUUCCAAUUUGAUUGUCAAAAAGAGCAAUUUACUGCUGCUUUUUCAUUGGUUUGCGAUAAUGUUAUAAUGGGUCCAAGCAAUUAUGCCUGCGCGCAACUUUAGCCGCUGAUCCUCACGGAUUUUGUUCCUGAAAACCCUAGGAGUAUUAGACCGGAGUCAUUGUUUUGAAGUUCCAGAAUUUGGAUUCCCACAAACGGCUUCAAAUUUUCAGUGUCGUGUUAAGUGGCACAUGCACUUUGGGCUUCAUGUAUCUGUAUCUUGUUAUUUAAUUAGCUCAGCUUUCAUCUUAUAAAGAAGUAUUCUGCCGUUGGAAUUAUCUUUGUUUUAUCAGUUUAAUCUGUUGCAAACUCAAGUUUGUCUUUCAUCCCGGAAGAAAAAGGAAAAAAGGCUCAAGUUUGUCAUUGAGUGGCUCAUUUGAAGGUCCUCAGCUAUAGUUUUCCAUGUAUAGCUCGCCAUACUGGUUCAUAUGUUUUGUUUGUUCAACUAAUAUCGUAAACUAUUUUUGUUGAUUUAGGUGCUUUUACCUUGAUCCCGGAUACUUCUAUUUAGAAAUCUAAUAUUUUUCACUCAUCUUUCAAAUUCUGUUGUUUUAUCCAUAUUCAUUUUACAUUUUCAAGAGCGUGAUGUUUUCAUCUCUCUCUGUCUGUUAUUUAUAAUGUAUAUCUAUAUCCACACACAUACACACCUAUAUAUGUAUUUCCGUCAUUACGUACACAUGGAGUCAUGUUUCUUGAUGUCUGUUAACAUGCUUGCUAUAUAGGCGUCUAUGUCAAUAGCCUGUGGCAUUCCCAUCCUCGAGGGUGUGUACUGUCUGGCUUGUGCUCGCUGGUUGUGGCAGAAAUGCCUCUACACUGCAGGCCAUGAAAGUGAAAACUGGGGCCUAGCCACCGGUGAAGAAUUUGAGCCUGUUCCUCGCCUUUGUCGCCUCAUCUUAGCUAACUAUGAAGAUGAUAUUCGUGAUCCGCUUUGGGCUCCACCUGGAGGUUACAGAAUUAAUCCUGACUGGGUAGUCUUACGUAAAAAUUAUGAAGAAACUGUUGGCCAUGUUACUCCUUAUAUGAUCUACCUUGAUCAAGAUAAUGCUGAUAUAGUACUGGCAGUUAGUGGACUCAAUUUGGCGAAGCAAAAUGAUUAUGCGGUUUUACUUGAUAACAAACUGGGGCAGACAAAAUUUGGUGGUGGUUAUGUCCACAAUGGGCUAUUAAAGGCAGCAGGAUGGCUUUUCGAUGCAGAGUGUGAGGUUUUGAGGGAAAUGGUCGAGAGGAAUCCAAAUUAUACCCUGACAUUCGCUGGUCAUUCCCUAGGAGCUGGGGUGGUAGCACUGUUGACAUUGGUCGCAGUUCAGAAUCGGGGAAAAUUGGGAAACAUUGAGAGAAAGAGGAUCCGAUGCUAUGCUAUAGCUCCUCCUCGGUGUAUGUCACUGAAUUUGGCAGUCAGAUAUGCAGAUAUUAUCAGUUCUGUUGUACUUCAGGAUGAUUUCUUACCUCGGACAACCACUGCCCUGGAAGAUGUAUUCAAAUCACUUAUCUGCUUGCCAUGCUUACUGUGCCUAAUGUGCUUGAAGGAUACAUGCACACUGGAGGAGAAGAUGCUUAAAGAUCCAAGACGGCUCUAUGCACCUGGUCGGCUCUAUCACAUUGUCGAACGGAAGCCCUUAAGGUUAGGAAGAUUUCCACCAGUUGUGAGGACGGCUGUACCUGUGGAUGGGAGGUUUGAGCACAUAGUUCUUUCUUGCAAUGCAACUUCUGACCACGCUAUCAUUUGGAUAGAGAGAGAAUCACAAAGGGCUCUUGAUUUAAUGCUGGAGAACGAUAAGAUUAUGGAGAUUCCGGUAAAGCAGAGGAUGGAGCGUCAUGAGUCUCUUGCUCGAGAACAUAGCCAGGAAUACAAGGCAGCGCUUCAGAGAGCCGUUGCUUUGGAUAUCCCUCAGGCAUACUCUCCAUCUGAAUAUGGAACAUUCCAGGAAAUGGAAGGCGAGAAUUCUGGCAGAUCAAGUGAGGAUAUCUCAUCCGUGUCAUUCAAGAGAAGGAAGGAAAGCUGGGAUGGAUUUGUAGGGCGUCUAUUUGACGUGGAUGAGUCUGGUCAAAUGGUGUUCAAAAAGCCAUAGACGAUCAAAAGAAUUUCACAUUGUAACUUAGCCAACAAGUCAUUCUUUGAUUCAUGUCAAGCACCCUUUGAUAGGGCUAUGUGUACAUGUAUGUCCAGCUUCGAUCAAAUGUAAAAAUAAUUUAAAUAUUCAAUGAUUCUUUUACUCCUCCAAGGGACAUGAAGAUUUGUACAUGUAUGUUAUUAGCCAAAGCAAAUAUACAUGUUACAUUUUGGUUCUAA